AUGAGCCCUUGAGCAUAUGGGUGGAAAUUUGGGAGGUACCCAUUCUCUCACAACCGUUUCCAGCUCUAACCAUGUCUAUUUGUUGUUGCCUUUUUUUCAGGGACUAUGGAUCUUCAAAGAGAAAAUCAGUUUGGAUGUCCAGUUUGUCUGAGACUCCAAAAAAGAGCAUCACUCCAGGUGCUGAUGCUAGCUCUGAACCCAUGAUCCUGGAGCAAUAUGUGGUGGUGUCCAACUAUGAGAAGCAGGAGAACUCUGAGAUCAGCCUCCAGGCUGGAGAAGUAGUGGAUGUCAUAGAGAAAAAUGAAAGCGGUAAGUGA